AUGUGGAUCAAUAAGGUCAAAACCCGUACUUCUAACAACCGUCCGUCACCAGCUCUUCUACAAGGCUCGGUAGGAGCGGAGUCAGCGACAUCGUCUCCUUCGACUGAACAUCCAGCUAUCAGAGCAGCUAGACGUACAAGGAAAGAGCCUAGAAGAGAACCCAAAGGAUUUAUUACUUGUUUUUCGCACUUCUCGGAGAUUUGCCAAACCAACUGCAGCGUUCUUUGCAUCGGAGUCAGAGACAACAUGUUCAAUUUUGUUCAAAACAUCUUCAAGCCGUCGGGUUACAAGAAACAGAAACCACAGGAGUUGGUCAAACAGAUGGCGGAUGAGCUACAGGGUCUCCCCGACGUUAUUGAGGAGUCGGCAAACUCCAACUCUGUUACUGGAAUGACGGUAUCUUUAUCGAUGUCAAAGUCCUUUCAGAGGAGCCUUUCCUUAGUGUCAGAGACUGAGACUAAGAAGUAUGCCCCGCUUGAGGACUUCCUAGCGUCAGUAGUGAUCCCAACUACUAGUGGUGCUUCUGGUGACCAUAAGGCAGAUACCCACGCCGGUCCUCCUACCCAGUAUGGCAAUGUUACUAGUGCGCGUAAACCGCCGAAGUCAGAGGAUAUUCAGAAAGUGGUCAACCAGAGUCUACAGAGUAACCUCCUGCUGAAGAUUGCUCGGCAUAUUGCAGUAGCUAGCCCUGAACUCAGACGCUCGUGCGUACAGGUCUGGGGGCAUCUGUUGAAAUUGGAGUCACCUAAGACCCACGAGAGGGUCAAUUUAGCGUACUUGAUGACGCAUCCGGAUUGCAUGAGGUGCCUGAUGUCGUGCUAUAGUAUUCCCGAUUGCUCAAUACACGUUGGCGUGAUGAUCCGUGAUGCGUGUAAAUUCCAUGAUGUUGUGCAGUCGCAGAUGUUCAACUCUGGUCUGAUUUACCAACUUUUUGACGUCAUGCACUCGCAUAAUUUCGAUACGCAAGCGGACGGAUUUGAGACUCUUAAGGAGGUUCUGAUGAACCAUAAGGAUGUCUCUGUUCGUUGGCUGCUCGACAACUUUGAUGAAUUCUUUAAUAAGUACCAGGAGCUAUUGGAUACGUCAUCGGGAGAUACGCAGUACGUCACUCUUCGUCAGUCUUUGAAGUUAUUGGGAGACAUAUUACUCGACAGACCUUUCAUGAAGGUUAUGGUAAGGUUUGUUAACGAGGAGCGUUACUUGAAGUCGGUCAUGAUACUGCUUGGGAACAGCUCUAAGGCGGUUCAAGUAGAAGCCUUCCAUGUCUUCAAAAUUUUUGCGGCGAAUCCUCAUAAGGCGCCAGCGGUGCAACAGAUCCUGUACCAGAAUAGAGCGAGGCUUGUGAAGUUGUUGGAUAAAUUAGAAAUGGCAGUGAUUUCGAGCGGUGGUGUCCACAAGUCCCAAAGUGAGGAGAAGCAGUUUGUGGCGGACAAACAAGCCGUCGUGAACAAGUUGGAUAAGCUGACGAUGCCGGAGAGAAUAGGACAUCACCAUGGGCAUGGGGGAAGAGAGUCUUCGAGUAGUUCACCAGAUAGCGCCGGGCGAUCAUCGAGAACUCAACAGCAUCAGCAGUCAGGGUUGGAGAGUCGAGCACGAUCUGCAGUGUAGUCCUUAUUACAACAUAUUCCUAUCAAUUGGCAUCAUCUCGUGUAACAAUGUUAUGGUAGAAGCAGCGCAUAAUCCUG